AUGUAUUUUCGCACAUUUUAUGAAAAUUUUAAAGAAGAAUAUGUAUACCUCAAAGAUGAAAAGGAAAAGCUACCUGAGCCUUUAACAUGUGAAAAGGCCAAUACAAUGGAAAAUGAUACAAUAAUAAGACGGAUUCCUGAAACAAUACUAAAGAGAGUAAGGGAAGAAAAUUCAGAAUAUGGAAAAAAUAAAAAUAUCGAGGACAGUUUAGAAAAAUUAAAUAAGAUGCUUAUAAAUGGUGAUAAGUUUACUUAUGAAAUGCUAGAAUGUAAUAUAGACAGUAAAUUUUGGAAUUUUUUAUUAUCUGAUUUUAUUAAAAGAGAAAUAAAAAUUUUAGAUAAUACUUGGCUUUUUAAUGAAUAUUAUUUUUAUCGAUAUUUAAAUUGUGCAUACGAUUUUGAAAAAACAAAUUAUGAUUUUUUCUUUUAUGAAAAAAAAAAAUCAAUUAUUUAUAAUAAAGACUUAAUUGAAGAAAUAUGUAAAUGCUCAAAAAAUUUAAUCGAAAUGUAUAAUAAUAAUCCAAACGAUCAAGUUAAAAUUUUUUCAAUCUUUUUCUUUUUUUCUUUAUGGUCAAAUCAAUUUGAUCUUAGUUGGAAUGCAACGAAAAAUCAAGGCAACCAAAAUGAUGAAAAAGAUAUAAAAAAAAAAUCCCUGAAACAGAAAAAGUUUUCUUUUGAUACAAAAAAUAUUGACCAUCUUUAUAAUUCAUUUUAUUUGGAAAAUAUUUUAGCUAACGAUAUAGCUCAUGUUUAUAAGGAUAUGGUAUCUAAGAGGAAUAAACGAUUUGAUAUAGUAUUGGACAAUAUGGGAAUUGAGCUUAUAUGCGAUUUAUGUUUUCUAUAUUUUAUUUUUCAAUAUUUUGAUGAAAUAUAUAUCCAUACAAAAAAGUUUCCUUUAUUUGUUUCGGACAAUAUGACGAAAGAUAUUAAAUACACCUUAGAUAUUUUAUCUAGCGAUGAACAGUAUCCUAAUUCAGUAUUUAUGGCAAAAAGUUGGAAGGAAUUAAUUGACUCGAAUAAAUGGAAAAUACAGGAUGAUGUAUACUGGAACUUACCUCUUCCAUAUUGGAUCAUGCCAAAAAAAUUAUUAGAUGAAAUGAAAAAAAGUUCAUUUGUUUGUUUUAAAGGGGAUGCAAAUUAUAGAAGAUGUUUAGGAGAUUUACACUUUGAUUUUUCAAAACCAUCUAAAGAUGUGUUAAAUUAUUUUCCAUUUUCUAUUAUUGCAUUGAGGUGUUUAAAAUCACCAGUUUGUUGCGGAAUUGAGAAAAGUGUUGUUGAAGAGAUGAACAAAAGGAGCCCCGAUUGGAGCAACUAUGGAGAAUAUGCAAUUUUACAAUAUUGCACACACAAUGAUAAGUAG